UAUUUAAGGGGACAUACACCAAAACCUCUUUUGGUGCCACCCUGAAUUUUAUUUCAUAUUCCCUUAUUUUCUCUUAUAAGGGAAUAUUUUAAAAAUUUCGAAUGUUGCUAAACUCAUUGUUUUUUUCCAUACUUUCAUAAUAUGAAAUAAAAUUUAGGGUGGCACAAAAAAGGUUUUGGUGUAUGUCCCCUUAAGUUUUGUCUUGCAAUGAAAUGAAAUUAAAUAACCGUGCCCCAUUUUAUUUCAAAGUCUUACUAUUUUAGCAAUGAUUGGUUUUAUUUCCCUCUUCCUAUUCCUGUCCAUGAUGCUGCCCGGAGCAGCUAACACAGCUCUGAAAUUCAGUGAUGACGGAACCAGUGUUGUUUCAUUUCCUGUUGACAUGUCCUCACUAGCGGGACAGUUCUCCUUCUGCGUUUGGGUGAAAAGAAUUGUUCCUGGAACCAAUCCAGUUGCAUUUGCCUAUGAAGAAUCCGAGCUGUUCCUUUACGCAUCAGGCGAGCCUCGAAUGUUUCUGGUGGACAUGUCCUUAAGUAACAAACCUCCAAUGUCAACCUGGUACCAUUACUGCGGAACUUGGAGUCUUGGAUCACAAACCUUCAAAGGAUACAUUAACGGAGCACUAGUGGUGACCCAGACCACAGCCGCAAGGUACCUAAAGACAAGCGGCAACAUGGUUCUAGGAGAUUAUUGGAAUCCUAAUGCUAGAGGGGCGACCGGUAACCACUUUGGAGGUGAGAUCUUCAAUCUGAACUUCUUCUCGAAUGAGCUGACAGGGGGUGAGGUAGCAGCAAUGUCAAAAGAUGGUCUCUGUACACAUGUUGGAUUUGAUGACUACAGAGUGAUCAAGUGGGAGGAACUACUGACAAAGCCCAGGUUCGGAAAUGUCCAGGCUAUUUCCGUAGAUUGCUAUGAGUGCGAUAAUCACAUUCUUGAGACAGAAAUGGAAAACAUAAAAUUGGAACUACAAGAAGCAAAGAAUGAACUCGAGAACGGAGCUAAACGUGAAACGGAUCUGAACAACAUAAAGACAGAACUGGAAAACACACUACAACAAGCAAAGAAGGAACUCGAGAACAGUGCUGAAUGUGAAUCGGAUCUGAGCAACAUAAAGACAGAACUGGAAAACACAAAGUUGGAACUACAAGAAGCAAAGAAGGAACUCGCGAACGUUCCUGAAUGUGAUCUCCAAAAAGGAAAGCUGACGAGAUGGGAUGUUUUGUACUCCUGCAACUUCUACAAUAAGACCUUUACUCGCAAACUUCAAAAGAAAUUCCGCUCAAUGUGGUCGGACACAAAGAAACUAUUUGGGGAGAAGUUGACUGACGAAGCCAUAGAAAAGUUCAAAGAUCUUCACAAGCAAGCAGAUGACAAUUGUGAAACCGAUUAAAGGACUUU